AUGGCAAGAUGGCUUUUGGCUCUAGCAGAAUAUGACAUCACUUGUGUUACUCCCAAGGCUAUUAAGAGCCAAGCACUUGCAGAGUUACUGGCCCAAUUCCCAUCUGGUGAACAUGAACCUGCAGAGGUAUCUCUAUCAGGUGCGGUCCAUGUCUCAGCAGCUACAGUUGAGGCUUAUUGGGACUUGAAAUUUGAUGGUGCUUCGGGAGCUGGGAAAGGCGGAGCUAGCAUAACACUAACUAGUGAAGUAGGAGAGAAGUUUCAUCUAUCAUAUAGGCUUGAUUUUGAAUGUUCAAACGAGGCUGAAUAUGAGGCGUUGAUACUGGGUCUAAUCGCUGCCCAAAAGAAGGGACUCCGCAAGUUGAAAAUUUUAGGCGACUCCGAGUUAAUUGUCAGGCAAACAAUGGGUGAUUUCGCCUUAAAGGAACCUCUGUUGGGCUCAUAUCGCACCGUGGUUCAAGGGUUGCUCACUCAAUUUGAUGAUGUCGAAAUCCAGCAUACCCCUCGAACACACAACCGUUUCCCCGAUGUCUUGGCUACAUUGGGGGCAAAGGUGGAUAUACCAGAUGAUAGUAUAGCCAUCGUCAUCGAGAAAAGAACAACACUAGCAGUGUUAGCCGAAGAGCAUACCGAGCAAGAUGCUGAGGGAUGGAAAGCCGAUAUAAUCCAACAGAACAGUUGA